AUGCCUAUGUUAAAAGAUCCUUCAGUGAAAUAUAAAAAAUUUCCAAUUAUCAAUUUACCAAAUCGUCAAUGGCCAUCCCAAGAAUUGAAUAAACCUCCAAGAUGGUUAUCAACAGAUUUAAGAGAUGGUAAUCAAUCAUUACCUGAUCCAAUGUCAAUAAAUGAAAAGAAAGAAUAUUUUAAAAAAUUAGUUGACAUUGGUUUUAAAGAAAUUGAAGUUGCAUUUCCGUCAGCUUCUCAAAUUGAUUUUGAUUUUACUAGAUUUGCUAUUGAAACAGCCCCAGAUGACGUUAGUGUGCAAGUUUUAUCACCAUGUAGAGAACAAUUAAUUGAACGAACAAUUGAAUCAUUAAAAGAUGCCAAAAAGGCAACUGUUCAUAUUUAUUUAGCAACUUCUGAUUGUUUUAGAAAUGUCGUAUUUGGCUUAACAAAACAAGAAUCAAAAGAAUUAGCUGUUAAAUGUACUAAAUUAGUUAGAAAAUUAACAAAAGAUGAUCCUUCAACUGCUGGUACAGAUUGGGAUUUUGAAUUUUCACCAGAAACUUUUUCAGACACUGAUUUAGAUUAUGCAUUAGAAGUUUGUGAAGCUGUUAAACAAGCAUGGGAACCAACUAAAGAAAAACCAAUUAUUUUUAAUUUACCUGCAACUGUUGAAAUGUCCACACCAAAUGUUUAUGCUGACCAAAUUGAAUAUUUUUCAAAAAAUAUUAGUCAACGUGAAACUGUUUGUAUAUCAUUACAUCCACAUAAUGAUAGAGGUUGUUCAGUUGCAGCUGCUGAAUUAGGUCAAUUAGCAGGUGCAGAUAGAGUUGAAGGUUGUUUAUUUGGUAAUGGUGAAAGAACUGGUAAUGUUGAUUUAGUAACAUUAGCAUUAAAUUUAUAUACUCAAGGUAUUUCACCAAAUUUAGAUUUCUCAGAUAUAAAUUCAGUAAUUGACGUAGUUGAAAGAUGUAAUAAGAUUCCAGUUCAUGCAAGAGCACCAUAUGGUGGUUCAUUAGUUGUUUGUGCGUUUAGUGGUUCACAUCAAGAUGCUAUAAAAAAGGGUUUCCAAGUUCAUCAAAAGGAAAAGCAAAAAAAUGGUGGGAAAGAAGUUCAUUGGCAAUUACCUUAUUUACCAUUGGAUCCAGAAGAUAUUGGUAGAACUUAUGAAGCUAUAAUUAGAGUUAAUUCACAAUCAGGUAAAGGUGGUUCCGCAUGGGUUAUUUUAAGAAAUUUAGAAUUAGAUUUACCAAGAGGUUUACAAAUUGCAUUUAGUAAAGUAGUACAAGAACAAGCAGAAAUAAAAGGACAAGAAUUAACAAAUCAAGAAUUAUGUGAUUUAUUUAAACAAGAAUAUUAUAUUGAUUAUGAAGAAGAUGAUAAAGUAGAACAAUAUUAUAAAUUGGUAGAUUAUUCAAUAUCGACUCCAUCAAAAGGUGUUAAAGAAAUUGAAGCCGAAUUGAAUAUAAAUGGUGAUAUAGUUAAAAUUAAAGGUCAAGGUAAUGGUCAAUUAUCAGCUUUUAAUAAUGCAAUUGCAAAAUAUUUGAAUAUUAAUAUUGAUGUUAAACAUUAUCAUGAACAUUCAUUAGGUGAAGAUUCAGAUGCUAAAGCUGCAACAUAUAUUGAAGUGAAUGUUAAUAAUAAGAUUAGUAGAUGGGGUGUUGGUAUUCAUACUGAUGUUUCCCAAGCUUCAUUCUUAUCAUUAAUUUCAAUUCUUAAUGGUUUACAUAAAAAUAAAAAUAUUUAA